GCACAAGCACCUUGCUCUGGUGGAUUGGCGCUUGAUCAGCUUGAUGGCGCUGUGGAGCGCGUGAGCGACCUGACGAGUGGUUGCAGGGCAAUGCCGCCCGAGGCACCAGCCGCGUUUCAGGAUGGAACCCUCUUCUACGAGGCACCAGCCGCCUUUCAGGAUGGAACCCUCCUCUACGAGGCACCAGCCGCCUUUCAGGAUGGAACCCUCCUCUACGAGGCACCAGCCGCCUUUCAGGAUGGAACCCUCCUCUACGAGGCGCCCGCCUUUCAAGAUGGAAGCAUCCCCUACCAGGUGAAAACCUUGGGAGCAACUGUGGCAGGUGUUGAUACGCUGUGCUAUGAGGCUGGCCCAGGAGACGAGACACUGCCAUACAUACCGUACACAGAGGAGGCGCCCGAUGCGACGCUCCCGUAUGGUGUGUGUGGAGCCUUAGCUCGACCAGUGGUGUCAACCAUUGCCACCCCUGCAAGAGGCAAGGGUCCGCCAGCGAUCCACGAGCCAGAGGAGGCACCAUCUUCAGUUACUCCUGAGAAG